AUGGGCAAGCCAGCGGGCUUUUUCAUUAAACUCAAAGCAAAGCAAAAGCGAGCUGCUUCCCAGAAAAGGCGCGGCACCAAGGGUGCCUCGAAGGAGGUAAGACGACAGAAGUUCAACGAACGCGUAGAGUAUUAUGUUGCCAAACGGGAGGCCAAGGACCUUGAUGCCUUGAGUGACUCUAGUGAGGAAAAAGCAUCUACCGACUCGGAAAGAGAGCAGUGGGUUGCAGAGAAAAAGCUACGCAAGCUGCGCAACUUGCUCGGUGUUGUCAACCACCCUCAACAAGGUCGCAGUAAAACCGACAAGGAUGCUAACAAGUCCAUGCGUGAUGCAGGUGUAGAAAGCUCAGCAAAUGUGCAGAAGCAUCGCAGGUAUAGCGCGCAAGAAAACAAAGAUGAUAAUUUAAAUUCAAAGAGAAGCCUCUCUCAAUCAACUCGGUCAUCGUCCUCACAUAGCAGCAUUGUACAUGCACAGGGACCAGAUCGCUGCAGUAGCCACGACUCGCAAAGAAGCAGUAUGGCGAGCGAUGAAAACUGGGAAACAUAUCUCGGGGAGGCAGCAGCCCCUACUAGUCAAUCUUCGAACAGCGAUUCGGACGGGGAUGAAAGUACGUCUGGUGAUAUACAAGACGAUGAGGAGUUGCUGAUGGACUACGAUGACAAUGAUGAAGACAACACCACGAGCAGUGAGAAUUCGGAUCUCGAGGAAGAGGAAGGAGCUGAGGCAAACCCACUAUUCGAGAUGCUAAAUGAUCAGAAGGAUGGUGAUGGUGAGAUGGACGACUCAACGGGGGAAAUGGUAUUUGAACCUCACGAUACGACGGAAACGAACGAGGAAGAGGCGUACGUGGACGACGAUAGCGACGACGGCAGCAACGCAUCUUCGACCUCCGGGGCUCUGCCGGUGGAGAGUGUCGAAAAACAACGCGAACGGCGUGCCCUGCUUCCGACGUUCAAACUCGGGACGACGAACCGGAACGCGAUUCUUCGCGCGAACCAGCAGGACCGGUGCUACGCGAAAUACCAUCUGGAUCAACACGGGGAUGUGGAUCAGACCCCACUACGGACGGUAUUGGUGCGGCCGGAGGUAUUGGAGGCGCUUGUACGUAGCAAUGACCCCCUCAUCGCCGCGGCCGAUGCUGCUGAGAAGGAUACCGCGAUAAACGAAUCACUCAACCAGGCUGGGGCGAAGCCAAUCACGCCCGAUCUUCUGGCGAUUAGUUCGGCCGAGUACCGCCUACUCGACCCUUCGAAUCUCACCGUCGCGGCCAGUGCCCAGGCUCAGAAGUUUUGGCUUCACGAGCCCUUUGAAGUGGAGGUGGAGGGUGAAAGCGGAUCGGGAGGCUUACGCGCCGAUCCCUUCGCAACCGCUCCGGUGGGGCAAGGGAAGACGAAAAAAGUAGCGGAUAUGGGGAGCGACUCUGUGGAGCCUCGCCCGCCGUACCUCCACGAGACAUUAUGGACAAAGUGGGUGGCCUAUCGCCGCACCUACCCUCGAACGCACCAUUUCCCUUCCUCUCCAUGUGAGACGAACAACCUGCCUGCCCUUACCUUCGAGGAGCGCGGCCUUUUGGACCUUCUGCAGGGCUACCCCGAUAUCCUCGACUGCCUGCGAUGCUGGCAGAACGCGGCGUCGCGGCGGGAGAUCUUCCUAUUGCAUAUUCUCAAUCACUGGUUUAAAAUGCGAGCAGUGGUUCUUGCGCAUGAUGCAAUUCUACGUGAUCGUCAUCACCGACGACAGGCCGCCGUAAACGUCCAUGCAGCAAAAAAGAAAACCGUUUCCACAACCCCGGAGGCGUCUGUGAACACUCAGGGACGGAAACGACGACGAAAAGAGGAGAACUCAAAUGGCGAAAGCGAGCCCCCCGCUGCUGCCAAAGGUGCCCUCGAGGAGGUUGACGACAACGAUGAGUUGGAGCUGCGGGACCGUGGGUUUGGCAAAACGCGUAUAUUGAUUAUGCUACCCAUGCGCAACCAAGCCUAUCGCUACGUCCACACAAUCGUUCGAAUCCUUGGAGCCGAUCCAGCGUGCUGUCCGAAGUUGGAUAACUUCACCAGCGACUUUAGCGAAAUCGAAGAGGCGGUGGACCCCACGUUUAAACGCCGCCCGAAGGAUUAUCAGCGUCAGUUUGAGGGCAACGUCGACGAUUCCUUCUGCGUAGGCCUGCGGAUGGAGACGGACCGGGUGCAGGUUUACGCGCACCCCCUUAACAGCGAUAUCAUCAUCUGCUCUCCACUCGGCCUGCGCCGACGGCUUGAAAAGAGCGGCGACGUCAUGGUCUCCCUCUCCUCGAUUGAAAUUUGCCUGGUCGACGAGGCCCACGUCCUUCUUGAGCAGAAUUGGGACCACGCCUCGGCGGUGCUGGGGAUGCUCAACAAACGCCCGACGGAUACCACGCAUGGCCUCUCCGACCUCCGCCGCGUGUACGCGUGGGCUCUCGAGGGGAAAAGCGGCCGACAUCGGCAGACCAUCUUCUCGUUGAAUAUCAGCCACGCGACGAUCUCCAGCGCCUUCCGUGCGUCGCUGAACAACUCGGGCAAGGUUCUUCUUCAGCAUCGCACGGAGGAAGGUGUCCUCUCGCACGUCCUGGCGCCAGUGCGGCAGAACUUUAUACGUUUUGACGUCCCCACUAUCGAGUCUGUGGAUGAUGAGCGCUUUGACGUGUUUACCAACAAAAUGUACCAGGCUAAGAUCCAUCCACUCGUCGAGCGCAACGUCCGGACCAUCAUUUUUGUGCCCUCGUACUUCCAGUUUGUGAGAUUGCGGAACUACAUGCACCGCGAGUACCGCGAGAGUUUCGCCGCGAUAUCGGAGUAUACAUCUGUAAAAAAGCAGCGGCAGGCGCUGGGACAGUUCACCGACCUUGAGCGGCCUUUACUGCUUUUGACAGAGCGCUUUUACUUCUUCCGGCGGUACUUUGUCAAGUUUGCAGAGGUAGUGAUCUUCUACAGUCCAACACUGUUCCCUGAUUUUUAUACUUCGCUUGUGAACCGAAUCGUGGCAACGUCCCCGAACGCAUUUGCGAUGACGCUGUACUGUCGAUAUGACACCCAUGAGUUGAGUCGCAUUGUAGGUACCAAGCGAGCGGCAACACUACUUGAAAGAGAGUCUGGGAUAUUCUCUUUUAUCACCUCAUAA